AAAAAAAUAAAUUUAAAGCGGUUAAAUGCAUCUUCGAAUGAUUCUCGGCACCUUUCUUAUUGCGUAACUAAAUGCAAUUAAUGCGAUGACAUUUAUUCCACCUUUACAAAGUAGUAAAGGUCUUCAAACCCGUUCUUUCGCACUGCAUCAGUUCUACUCCCGAAUUCAAAGUGUUCACACAUCUGCUUAGAAUCGCUCUCAAAAAUUAAAAAAAAAAGUGAAAAUGCCCACCAUCCACCUCCAAUCUUCAGACGGUCAACUAUUCCCCAUCGAGGUUGCUGUAGCAGUCAAGUGUUCCGGCAUGCUCCGGAACAUGCUGGAGGAUCUGGGCAUCGACGAAACCACCACUUCUGGAGAGCAACCCGUAAUCCCUGUACCGCAGGUCAAUUCGGCCAUCCUGGGAAAGGUUCUUCAGUGGGCAAAUUACCACAAAGAUGACGACGACGUGGAACUGGCCGAGGAGGAGGAAUUCCAAAGCAAGGAGAAACGAACGGAUGACAUCGGAUCGUGGGACGCGGACUUCCUGAAGGUCGACCAGGGAAUGCUGUUCGAGGUGAUGCUGGCCGCGAAUUACCUGGACAUGCGGGGACUGCUGGAUGUGGCGUGUAAGACUGUGGCGAAUAUGAUCAAGGGGAAGAAUGUGGAGGAAGUAAGGCAGACGUUUAAAAUAACGAAUGAUUUCACGGCUGGCGAAGAGGAACAAGUCCGAUUGGAGAACGAGUGGUGUGAGGAAAAGUGAGGUCAAUUGUUUUGGAUUGGUUGUUGAAUAAAUAGUUAAGAAUUGUAACCAAACCGUCGUGGUCAUCAUCAUUCGCCAGCAAACCGAACGCAAUCGAUAACUCCCGGAAAAUUGCACCUCCAGCACACUUUGGGUCAAACCGAGAAAUUUGACGAAACCAAUCUAAAUUACAAAGGCCCUUCGCUGCCUGUCUGGGUCGCCCGGAAGAGGGCUCGACUUAACAACUCAUUCAUGCUGUGCGACAGUGGUGAGCUGCAAAUUCCCACCAGCAGAAUCGCUUGUGAUUGUGGAAGCCCUGGAAACGCUAGACCACACGGCAGAGUCAACGCCAUCGCCGGGGUAGGAUCGUAUUGCACUGCUGCUGGCUCUGCACACGUUCUGGUGGGCAGUUGUUCUACCGAUUCGAUUCAUCACCGGAGGAUCCCUCUCACACAUACACAGUUUCAUUCAUCAAUUCCGCACUGGUACCUGCUGAUGGGGUCUUUGUGAAAAAUUGACAUUAAAAUUCUUAAAAAGGAAAUAUAAGAAGAAAGUGUAGCAUUUCAUUACCAUUUGUUAAUUUUAUUUGUAUGUUAAGAAAAUUUUUAUUUAAGCUAUUCAUUAGCCUGAAAAAUACUAAAUUUCAAAAUUGAAUCCCCAGAGAACAACCGGAGAGGAUAGUGAAGAGGACAAGUGAAAAAAAAACCCCGAUCCCACUUCUGACGCCGGCCUCUCCCAGGGAAACAUGUACGGCUUGCACCCAGUCACUCAAUCAUUUCACGUGGGAUUGAACAGGUGAAUCGGUGGAACAGUCAACGGAGAGGGGGUGAACAUUCUGCGCUCGUGUGAAUUGACGUGACGUCCGCCACCGGGGAGCAAUCCAUCCAACGGGAGAUUUUACAUUUGUAACGCCCGUUUUUCCAGCGCACAAAUUCCAUGCCUCGAAAUUGAAGUCUUGGAUUGGCAACUCUUUUUACUUUUGUUCCACCGUAAUUCUCGAUGGUGAAACAAGAACGUAACGUUCAUUGCCCUUGCACUCUCUAGAGGAGGGAAUCGGAUGACGGCAACAAUAGAGCCAACCCCCAACCUGCUGCAGCUGACUGGAAGUGGCUUUUGAAUCCCCAACAGCCAGACAGAGCUGUACUUGCACGAGAAGCUUGCCAGAAGCGGCUUGACUGGAGGACGAGCGAUGACUUCUGGCAAAAAGUAGAGCGGGCCCACUCCUGACUGGUAGUAUUGGGUCGAAUGAAAACGAGAGCCGUAUGAUGACUUUUAAAGAACGUUCUGUUGAGCGAUUAGUUACACUGAAGUCUCGAUUUUUUUUGUAGUGAAAGCACAUAGAUUAAAUACAUUGCCCCACUGAAGGUAGUCUUAAUUAAAGAUAACUAUAAGUGAACUUCAUUUGCACAGCUGAACCACAGCGAAACAUUCCCAAGCCAUACCUUUUCCAAUUAGGGAGACCUGAUUUCCAGCUUGAGCAGCUAUCGAUUAGCACCUUGCCAGUAGUCUCCUUCUUCCUACUCCUCCCUGUAUCUAUACCUUAAAGUUUCUCAUCAAAUGACGGAAGUAACUGUACCAUCUUGGCAUCCUGAAGCUAGCUGAACCCCGUAGCUGAAGAAGCCACGUACAUCGCUUCGUGCAUCGCAGAACAUCGCACUACGGGGCUGUUGGCGAUGCAAUCUAUCCAAUUUACGUAUCUGUGUAAAUGGGUAACGCAAAUGAAGCUACACCAUGUUGUUGCCUAUAUGUUUGUGUUACAUUGCAUCUUGGGACACUUCCUCUGCCCUCCCGAAGGGUGUCUGGAUGAUAGGCAGUGUUGGGAAAAGCAGCAUUCAAAGCACAAUAAACCUAAAGAACCUGUUAUUAUUAUUGGGUAAUUCUCCGCCAAAUCACACAGUAGUUGCCCCGACCCCUCUUGGAUUUGCGUGAAACUUUGUUCUAAGGGGUAACUUUUGUCCCUGAUCAC